CACUCUCCACUCCUUCUCCACACGCAUUUCCUUUCUGUUUGUCGCCAGAAUGCUGUCGACAACAAGGUCUGCGGCCUCAAUGGCCCUACGAGCCAGGCCAGCGACCGCGCUCAUGCCGUUUCGCGUAGGAAACACAGCUUUCCUCUCCUCGAGCUCCUCCGACAAGGCGAUGACGACACCCGCCACAGUCCCCGGUAACCCGGGAACACCGCCGCCCAUGAAGGUUGCGCGACGGGAGGUGCCAUUGCCGAGUCAGGAGGGCAAGAAGGGCGCCAUCCAAUAUGCGCUUACCACCCUCGAUCAAAUGGCCAAUUGGGCACGUCAGAGCUCCCUCUGGCCUAUGACUUUCGGUCUCGCAUGCUGUGCCGUCGAGAUGAUGCACUUGUCCACCCCACGAUACGAUCAGGAUCGUCUUGGUAUAAUUUUCCGUGCCUCGCCUCGUCAGUCGGACGUCAUGAUUGUCGCCGGAACCCUCACAAACAAGAUGGCGCCCGCGCUACGACAGGUCUACGACCAGAUGCCCGACCCACGAUGGGUCAUCUCCAUGGGCAGCUGCGCAAACGGUGGCGGCUACUACCACUACAGCUACUCGGUCACCCGAGGAUGUGACAGGAUCGUACCAGUCGACAUCUACGUGCCCGGAUGCCCACCAACGGCUGAGGCGCUGAUGUACGGCAUCUUCCAGUUGCAGAAGAAGAUGAGGCAUACAAAGAUCACUAGAAUGUGGUACAGGAAGUAGAGAGUGCAUUUGGGUCGGGCGAAUAUGUGCGGUGGUCAUUAUGCUUGCGAGCUUCGAGGUCUUCAUCCUCUUGUACAGAUCAACUUUUUCACCAAAUUAUUAUGGCUAUGCUUUGCUAGCAGAUUCUUCA